AUGGGAGUCAACUAUUAUUAUCCCCAAGAAUCAUAUCAAAAGUACACCACAAUGGGUGUUUCUGAGGUGUCAAAAGACGAUUCUCCUAGAACCACUCCAGAGUUACCUCGUACUGACCAGUCUCCGGCAUCAGAGCGUCCUCCGCCUGGAUCUGCUGACAGUGACGACGCUGAUGAUUUCACUCCAAAGAGAAAGCAAAGACGAUAUAGAACAACCUUCACGAGUUUUCAAUUAGAAGAACUGGAGAAAGCUUUCUCCAGAACGCAUUACCCAGAUGUUUUCACUAGAGAAGAGCUCGCAAUGAAGAUCGGGUUGACAGAGGCACGAAUACAGGUAUGGUUUCAAAACCGCCGCGCGAAAUGGCGCAAACAGGAGAAAGUGGGACCGCAAGGUCAUCCCUACAAUCCGUACCUGAGUGCGGCCGGGGCUCCACCGCCGUCUGUGGUCGCCUCCAUGCCUAACCCAUUUUCACAGUUAGGCUUUGGCUUCAGAAAGACCUUCGACACAAACGCCUUAGCAUCGUUUAGGUACGGAGGAACGCCGGUUCUGAGCACGCAGUACCUUGGAGCGCCCAUGCCGAGACCGCCGUUAUUUAGUGCGCCCAUUUACACAACCAGCCCUCCCUUUCAUUCUCUUCUAGCUGGUUUAGCUGCGCCCCCAAGACAGUCACCUGAUCCUCCUUCUGUCUCCCCUCCCAUAUCACCCGGAAGCGAGUCGCCUCCAACGCACCCUGGGCCAGAAGUAGAAAGCAGGAGCUCUAGCAUUGCUGCGUUAAGAAUGGCGGCGCGCGAACAUGAGUUAAGAUUAGAAAUGCUUAGACAAAGACAUCACACAGACCUAAUUAGUUGA